AUGAUGGUCGAGUACAAGGACACGAUUUGUAGUGAAGACGAGACGGAAUGCAUAACCUACGACCAUUGGUUCUACCCGGACACGGCGUUCCGCUUCACCAUGAAAUGGGUAAUGGCCACCGGACAGACUGUAGCCGAUACCGUACUCUCGUGGUUCAACAAAGCAUCGAAACAAGGGAUGUCACUGUAUCCAGUACCCGAGGAUCCGUUCGCUUUGGCACAAGACACACAUUCGAAUCCAUUAAGAUGUCCGAUACGAAUUCAGAUGGUCGACGGCGUCGUGGCCCAUGAGGAUGAGCAAGAAUUCCUUCUGAAAAUCCUCUUCCGCUUCGGAUUCAUCGAUAUCGGAUGCAAUGUAAAGCACGAUUUUACGUCUCCAAGAACCGAAUCUUCUGGAUCGGACCAUGCGAAAUGCCUAAUGAUUUCUCCAUCGCCAACCACUGACUUUUCAUCGAUAAUCGAUAAUCAUGAGGAUGAGGAGGAACACGAAGAAGUGACAAAAUCAAUGAAUUAUAUUCAUCAGGCCGGUGGAAUGUUCAUUUCUCUGGUCCUUUCGGAGAAUUCCCAACGACCCCCAUUCUUCUAUUGGGCGUGGAAUCAUAUGAUGAGCAAUCGAUAUAGAGGGCAAUGCUCCGAGAAAUUCCAAGACUUCUUGCUCUCCGAAUUCCGGAACGUUUGCUCGGAUAAGGACGGCGUGCUGACGAAUCUCUACGCGGACUUCCUUCAAGAACGACAGCUCGGCAAGCGGCGAGCCGCGACUCCGCCCAUUUUUUUGGAAUAA